CCGAGCUCUAUGUAUCAAAUAUCUCCUUUCAUCUCUCUCUCUGUAAAGAUCCCUAAUUUUUGUAGAAAACCCUAAUUUUCUGCACAGUUAGCCUGAAUCAGCUAAGCUUUUAUUGAUAUAUUUGCCGAUCAUCAUCUCUUGAAUUAAUAUUUAAGAAUUCUUUCCACAUUUGUAUCUUCUUCUUCAUCAGUCGUCAACAUUUUGAGCCCUCAUUUCUCAUCGCCUUCGAUACUAGUAUUUUUUUGCCGUAUAUUUUUGUCAAGUUGAUUUUUUUGAGAAAAAGUGUUGCUGGAGAAGACGAUUUAGCCGGUAAGGGGAGUGAGUGGUCGGGAGGAAGGAGAAGAAGAAAAGUAUUUGAGUGUGGGAGAGGAGUUAAAGUGAGAACUAGUGAGGGUUUUAUCGGAGCAUUUAGGGUUUUUAGGAAUGAAAAUUGAAGAAUGAACCAUGCCGGUACUGCGUAGCGGAGUGCGCAGAGGCCGGAGAAGGAAGCAGCAAGAGCAGGAGGCGGCGGAGGAGGAGGGGCAGCGGGCUCAGCAGCAGCAGCAGCAACAGGUGAAUAAUCAGGUUGAGGACGAGGGGAUUGCAACAAGAACAAGGGGAAGGAGAGCGGCUGCAGCAGCAGCGGAAGCAGCGGCGACGGCUGCUGUGGCGGUUGAUGAGAAUCUAGCGGCGGCUGCGGCACCAGCAGCUGAAGUGAGGGGGGUUGAGGAGGAAGCUGUUCCGGGUGAAGGGAGGGAAGAGGGCGGUGAUAAAGCCAAUAUGGAUGAUUAUAACAGUGGUGGUAAAAGCAAUGACAAAGGCCAUGCGGCUGACGAUGAAGGAACUUUGGCGCCCCUUCCUGAAAGGGUUCAGGUUGGUGGUUCACCUAUGUAUAGAAUAGAAAGAAAGCUUGGGAAAGGAGGUUUUGGCCAAGUAUAUGUUGGUCGCCGUGUUUCUGGUGGUAUUGCUAAUGAUAGACCUGGCUCUGGAGCCACAGAAGUUGCCUUAAAAUUUGAGCAUAGGAAUAGUAAAGGAUGUAACUACGGCCCACCAUAUGAAUGGCAAGUUUACAACACUCUUGGUGGCAGUCAUGGUGUUCCUCGGGUGCACUACAAAGGCCGACAAGGUGACUACUAUGUCAUGGUUAUGGAUAUGCUUGGACCAAGCUUGUGGGAUGUCUGGAAUAACAAAUCUCAUUCGAUGUCUACUGAAAUGGUUGCCUGCAUUGCAAUUGAAGCAAUAUCUAUACUGGAGAAGAUGCAUUCUAGAGGGUAUGUCCAUGGGGAUGUAAAACCUGAAAACUUUUUGCUCGGUCCACCAGGGACUCCGGAUGAGAAAAAACUCUUUUUAGUUGAUCUUGGAUUAGCUACUAAGUGGCGAGAUAGUACAACUGGUCUGCACGUGGAAUAUGAUCAAAGACCAGAUGUUUUCAGGGGAACAGUUCGUUACGCCAGCGCCCAUGCUCAUUUGGGCAGAACUGGUAGCAGGAGAGAUGAUUUAGAAUCGCUUGCUUACACUCUCAUCUUUCUGCUUCGAGGACGUCUGCCUUGGCAGGGAUAUCAGGGCGAGAACAAAGGGUUCCUUGUUUGCAAGAAGAAGAUGUCAACAUCUGCAGAUGCUUUAUGUUGCUUCUGUCCACAACCUUUUAAGUUGUUUGUGGAGUAUGUUGUGAACUUGAAAUUUGAUGAGGAACCUAACUAUGCAAAAUGCGUCUCCCUCUUUGAUGGAAUAGUCGGACCAAAUCCAGAUAUUAGGCCAAUUAACACAGAGGGUGCUCAGAAGCUUAUCUAUCAGGUUGGUCACAAGCGAGGCCGGUUGACUUUUGAAGAUGAGGAAGAUGAACAACCAAAGAAGAAGGUGCGCAUGGGUAUGCCUGCUACUCAGUGGAUUAGUGUUUACAAUGCUCGUCGUCCUAUGAAACAAAGGUAUCACUAUAAUGUUGCUGAUGCAAGACUUUCUCAGCACAUCGAGAAAGGAAAUGAAGAUGGUCUGUUUAUCAGUAGUGUGGCAUCUUGUCAAAAUCUCUGGGCACUAAUCAUGGAUGCGGGCACUGGCUUCACUGCACAAGUUUAUCAACUUUCACCCCACUUUCUUCACAAGGAAUGGAUCAUGGAGCAAUGGGAAAAGAAUUAUUACAUCAGUGCUGUGGCAGGAGCUACUAAUGGGAGUUCAUUGGUAGUAAUGUCAAAGGGCACUCAGUAUUUGCAGCAAUCCUACAAAGUCAGCGAGUCUUUUCCAUUCAAGUGGAUAAACAAGAAGUGGAGGGAAGGAUUCUAUGUUACCUCCAUGGCCACUGCUGGAAGCAGAUGGGGAGUCAUUAUGUCUCGUGGUGCAGGAUUUUCAGAUCAGGUCGUGGAAUUGGAUUUUCUUUAUCCAAGUGAAGGUGUGCAUCGGCGGUGGGAUUCUGGAUAUCGUAUUACUGCAACUGCAGCAACUUGGGACCAGGUUGCUUUUGUUCUUAGUGUGCCAAGGAGGAGACCAACAGAUGAAACACAAGAGACACUUCGAACCUCUGCCUUUCCUAGCGUACAUGUCAAGGAGAAGUGGGCAAAGAAUCUCUAUAUUGCUUCUGUGUGCUAUGGUCGUACAGUUUCAUAGACCUGCCAAUCAGACGUGCUAUUCCUGGAAAGAUCAGCUCCGCAUUUUGAUAUAAUUGUGCAAUUGUGUGCCCUGGAUAUAUGAAGAGGAAUCUAGGACACAGAAUUUUUGGUGGGCGCAAGCUUCUAGUUGUAGUUUUAAGAUGGAAGGCAGUCAUAGGCUCAUCUGUUGUACGUCGUAUGAUGUGUCUUUGAUGUCCCUUGUCUUGCAAAUCCUUGGACGAUGAUAGGCAUCAUCACUUAUUACGCGAAAUUUGUACAGUGUUUGGACAAUAAUUUCUUGUAAUGGCUAUGCUGCCAUCUGUUAAAUAUCCUGCUUCUAGCAUUCUCUGGAGUAGAAUGGGUAAUUUACUUGGAUUAAUCAUCA